GAACUCGCAAAAAAUCCCAUUUUUAUUGCACAAAUAUCUGACAUUCCUUGAAUCUCAAACUACUCUCAUCAAUGCAAUUACGUCUACAUUACCAAAGCUCGAAGCCCAUGUCAAAUUUAUAAUAUAUCUUUUGCAGAGAAAAAGAGAUCAUCUUGUUUUAUGAAAUCAAAAGUCAUUGAAGGUAUAAUAGUAAGGUACCAUUUGUAGCCAAUUCCACCGACCACAAGUCUUCUCCUUUUCCAAUUCCUAUAUCUCUUCUCCUCCUCCCCAUGGACCCUUCUUGGCUCCUCCUGCUCUUGCCAAAUCAUCAUCUGGGUCUCGCACAUUUUUGAUGUGGUUCAGUUUUUGAUGAAGAUGGUGUCUACGAGGUCCAUUCAGGUAGAUUGAAAAAAGGCCAUGAUCCAUGAAUCAGUUCUUCCUACACUUACUGGUAGAGUGGUAGUCCCUUCUUCUCCAAAAAUAUUCUUCACAUAAUCAAGUAUCAUGUUGACUUCCUUUCUUUUCUUCACUCUUCUUUACCAAACACCCAUCUCUUAUUCUCUUCAAGAGAUUCCAAGUAAGUGGAAUGAAAAAUGUGGCAACUUUCACAUCCCUUACCCAUUUCACUUGAACAAUUCUUGUGCUUCUUUGGUACCCAUUGCUUUCCAUGUCUUUUGCCUAAACUCAACCAACCUUUUUCUCAACAUUGACUCUCAAAAAUAUAAAGUUCUUGAAUUUUAUUCUGAUGGGGUCUUGGUGGACUUCCCUGGUGCCUUCCCCUCAAAGUGUCGCCAAUACAACGAUUUGAAUUCCUUUGGCUUCACAGGAAAUGACUACUUUGGGUUAUCUGGUGAUAAUGUUAUUGGGUUGUAUGAUUGCGAGGAUUCUUCCUUGUGUAAGGCAGAUUGUGAAACAAUAGACUUGCCUGGUUGUGAUGGCAAUGACAGUGGCUCCCCUGGCUGCUGCUAUCAACUCUCUGAUCACACUACAUGGAAAUUUGGAGAUGGGUUUUCUGUUUUUUCCAAAUUUGGAUGCAGAGGAUUCUCUAGCUGGGUUGUUUCAAGAGGAACCACUACAGGAAAGCGUGGAGUGAAGUUGGAGUGGGCAAUUCCUUUGAAUUCAUCAAAAGUUGUUUGUGCUAGCAAUGCAAAAAUUGUGAAUGCUACAUCUGUGAGAGGAGGGAUAAGGUGCUUGUGUCAGGAUGGGUUUGUUGGUGAUGGAUUUGCAAAUGGGGUUGGAUGCACCAAGUCCUGCAUAAAAAAUGGAGAGGAAGCAUAUGGUAGUGACUGCUAUACCAGAAAAGGCAAUCAGAAAACAGUCAUCAUUAUAGCCGGUGUUCUUGGCCCAAUAUUCAUCGUUGCAUCUUUGAUUGCACUGCUUUGCUUAGUGAAACGCCCCAUCAAAGCUGAGGCUUAUUAUCAUGACCAAAGAGCACAUUUUCCUAGCACAAUAUCAUUUCGGAAAGCUUGCAGGACGCGGUUGUUCAAUUACCAGGAGCUAGAAGAAGCCACGAAAGGAUUUGACAGUAGCCAAAAGCUUGCAGAUGUAACUCAUGGAACCAUAUAUGCUGGGGUCCUGGGGGAUGGUUCGCAUGUCGCUGUUCACAAGGUGCAAUGUGAAGGUGAAAAAGAUUUAUCGCAGGUCCUAUCCAGAAUCGAGGUUUUGUCCUCCGUUUUGCACAGGAAUAUGGCUCGCCUUCUCGGAUGCUCUAUUGACUCUGGCUACACUCCACUUGUGGUAUAUGAGUAUCCUGCAAAUGGUACACUGGAGGAGCAUUUACACCGAAAUAGAGGACAAAACUUUGGCCUUGACUGGAACAAGAGAAUAAGCAUUGCCGUGGAAACAGCAAGCGUUUUUGCCUUCUUGCAGUACGAGAUUUCAGUCCCAAUCUUUCACCAUGAUCUCCGAGCUGGUUGUAUCUUGGUGGAUGAAGAAUUUUCUGUUAGAAUUGCAGGAUUUGAGCUACUUAACCCUAGUAGAGUCGAACACGAGUCUCACUUACAGAAGCAUCGUGGAGGUUUGCACAUGAGUAAAAGCGAUGUCUAUGACUUUGGUGUUCUGCUUCUGGAGAUGAUCACAGGCUCCAAACAGAUAGACCUGCCAACAGUAGCAUUGCAAAAGAUCAAAAGUGGGAAGCUAGAAGAAAUUGUGGAUCCAGAUCUUUACUAUCAUGAGCAACCCGCUUCUCGCCAAGAACAGAUAGAGAUAGUUGCUGACCUUGCUACGAGAUGCAUGCUGUUCGGUAAAGAUGGCAAAAUCGGCAUGAUUGAUGUCGCUAGAGAGCUGUUACACAUUACAAAAGAUAGCAUUCAUGGAGGAAGCAGAAGGGGACCUGCACUUGAAGAGACAUUUUCAAAUUCAAGCCUCCUUCAGAUGAUCUCCAUGUCUCCUGACUCUAUCCAUGUACCUUGAAUUGUUCCUGCUUUCAUCAUUUUGAAAUC